UGGGGAAGCCGGACUUCGGCCCUGCCGGGGCGCUCAGGCCUUUGGCCUGGACCACGUUCCGGUUGUCCAGCUCGCCGAGAGCAGCGUCGCCCGGGGCGGCCCUUGGGGCUGCUGCUCAGGCUCUCGCGCUUGCCUGCUGCGCAGCCUCCAGCUGCCGGGCCAGCGGGGAGACCCGCUUGCCCCGCACGCAGGUGUCUCAAUACACAGAAACAGGCCAGAGCACCUGGCAGCUCGGCUCAGCCUGUCAGUGCAUCCCAGCAGAGCAGGGGAGGGUCCCCCAAAACCUUACGGGAAAGGAAAGCGUGAUCUGCUAUUGCUGGCUGCUCUCUUUGGGGGCUGAGGUGCGAGGUCCGAAUGAGCGAGCGACGGCUGCAGCUCUCCAUCGGCGCAGGGUUGGUGCUUGCUGUUCUCCCUGCUCUGCGGCAAUGGCUUCCAGCGGGGAGGAGCAGAGCAGCAGCUCCCCGGACUGGGCGGACAGCGGCACGGACCUGUCCUGCCCGGAGCUCGCUGGAGCCAGCACAUCCCCGCUUGACAGCGGGGAGGAUUUUGAGGUCUUGGAAGAUGAUGACGAUGACUUGAGCGAGCUGCCCCCGCUGGAGGACAUGGGCCGGGUGAGGACCCCAGCGAAGGACUCCCAGUCCUCAGAGCAGGCCCCAGGGGAAGCAGCUGAGGACCCUCAGGAAUGGCUCGAUGUCUUGGGGAGCGGCUUGCUCAAGAAGAAGACCCUGGUGCCGGGUCAGGGGGUGGAAAGCCGGCCACGCAAGGGCCAGGACGUCACUGUCCGCCUGAAGGCCACGCUGGAGGACGGCAGCGUGGUGGAGGAGAACCCCAGCCUCACCUUCACGCUGGGAGACUGCGAUGUCUUGCAGGCUCUGGACUUGUGUGUGCAGCUCCUGGAAAUGGGAGAAACAGCCUUGAUCAUGUCAGAUGCAAAGUACUGCUACGGCCCCCAGGGCAGGAGCCCUGAUAUCCCACCCAACGCAGCCCUCACCCUGGAGGUGGAGCUGCUGGAGGCUCGGGACGCGCCGGACCUAGAGCUGCUCAACGGGAAGGAGAAGAUAGCACUGGCCAACCGCAAGAGAGAGCGCGGCAACUUCUACUACCAGCAGGCAGACUACGUGCUGGCCAUCAACUCCUACGACAUCGCCCUCAAGGUCAUCGACUCCAGCUCAAAAGUCAACUUCAGCCCCGAGGAGGAGGCCGAGCUGCUAGAUGUGAAGGUGAAAUGUCUCAACAACCUGGCAGCCUCUCAGCUCAAACUGGAUCAUUACGAGGCAGCCCUGAAGUCCUGUAAUCUCGUCUUGGAGCACCAGCCAGGGAACAUCAAGGCCCUCUUCCGAAAGGGCAAGGUCCUGGCCCAGCAGGGGGAAUACAGAGAGGCCAUCCCCAUCUUAAAGGCGGCUUUGAAACUGGAGCCUUCGAACAAGGUAGGCUGCCCUGAGCGCUGCUAGCGAUCCUGUUGAGCUGUGCUUUGCAGGGCUCUCCUCUUGGCCAUGCAAAACUGCAAACCGUGGUGCUCCUGUGUAAGGGCUGGAUAUCCCGGCAUGGUGCCCUGCGUGCUAGCACCCACGGUACAAUGUCCGAGCUUGUCUGAGCUGGUGGGGCCCUUAUCUCUGGGCUGUGAUACUCUCUCUUUGC